AAAAAUUUGACGUACGACAAAAACAAAUGAAAUAUCACCCUUACUAUAUUUGUACUAUAAUUGUACUUUUAACGACAUUUACUUUUAUCGAGAGAAUUAAAGACGACUUAUUUCUGCUGUUGGCUCAUAAAAUUUAUUGCGUCAUACGAGGGUUACAACUGUUACAACAUGAGCGUGGACACAGUGAGUGACAAUACAUCGAUCGACAACGAGAUAGAUAACUUUUUCGUUCAUACAUAUUCUGUGAGAUUUUCGCAAAAGUCCACGAAUUUCAUGAAGUUCCACUUAAAACAUGUAGAGAACCAGGAGGACCAACUACUUCUUCUGAAUGAACGCAUUCGCACUAUAAGGAUACGUCAAGUUGAGCUAAUGGAACAAAUUGAAUCCUUACCACAGGAAGAAGUCAACGAAGUAUUACAAUUGCUCAUAGUAAAUGAAGCUGAACUAGUUGAAGCUGAACAUAACAUCGUUAUGUAUAGCCAAGAUUUGCAAAAUAUCAAAAAGUACAUGAAUAAGUUAUACCAAGAUGGCCUUUCUAAGACCAAACAAAAAACAUUCCUACAUACUAAUUCUGCAGGUAACGGCACAAAUAUCGAAACAGAUAAAGAAGAAAGCUAAAGAUUGAUAAGUAGCAGUAAUUUUUUAUAUUAAAUCUAUGACCGAUAA